AUGCCUCAUCUACUCAAUCUCCCGGUCGAGCUUCUGACCUACAUCAUGGGCAUGCUCGUUACUUCAAUCGGCCCAUCGCACAUCCACACCAUGCUUCUGGUGUGCAAAUAUUUUUACGAAAUCGCCCUCCCACUAUCGGUUCAUGUCUUUCGCAACACCGCGCCCCUCUCCGUGGGCACGGGAGAUUGCUCCGAGAGACGCAACGCCCAGUUCUUGCGCUACAUUCUCAUUGACAAACCCGAGCUCGCCCGCCUUGUCAAGGUCAUCGUUAUAGGCAACGCCCGAUCAAGAAGAGGGAGCAGAGAGCUUGGUACUGAUGCUACCACUGUCAGCACACCCAAGGAGCUCGACAUUUAUGAGCAACGCACCCGGGAUGUGCUCCAACCAGUCUCGCAGUAUAAUGAGUUCGCAAUGCUGCGCGAAACAUUGAUCGAGGAUCUCAGACGGGGAUUUUCCGAGGCGCAGCUCUCACUGAUCAUGCUUUUCUGUCGCCACGUCCGCACGCUCUACUUUGAGCAGGAGGACCCAAUAUGCAACCUGCCCUUGGUGAUGACCUUUGGAGCCCAUCUGCACACGUUGCAUUACGUGGACCUGCAGCCAGCUCCGUUCUCAAACGUCAAGGAGGUGUACUGUGAGCCCGGCUCCAAGAAAAGCGGUCAGAUCAUGUGGGAGUGCGCCAAAACGCUCAUGACUCUGCCGCGGCUCCGGGUGUACGAAGCCAUGCUCGGCGAUUGCUCAAGAGUCGGCGGGCCCUUCCCUCGUGUGCCCCCGAGGUCCUCGCCGGUGCGAGAAAUUAUCCUGAACCAGUCCAACGUCCGCCCGGAGAUGCUCAACACUCUUCUCCAAGCCUGUACAGCCGUGGAGAAGUUCGAGCUUUCAAAGUUCGUCCACGAUAAUAAGUGCGCCUCUAUGUGCGUCUGCGUGAGGGGCGGCCCAGGUUAUCAGACCGCCUCGGUAUUCAGCUUCGUGUCGGCCAGGCAAGUGCUGAGGUCACUUCUGCCUCAUCGAGAUACCCUCACCCACCUGCGCUUGAUCAUGCAUGACCAGCGAGCCAAGUCGAUGCGGACGGACCUCCAAUGGGUGGUGCACAUGGGGACGCAGCUCCGCGAGAUGACUGCUUUGCAGACGCUCGAGGUGGAGAUGGAGUCUCUGACCGCGAACCACAAAUCGCCCGUGCCAGCAGACUGCCCGAAGCUUGUUGACUGCCUGCCACGCAGCCUGGUGAAACUGCAGAUCCAAAACUGCAACGCGCUCACCGUGGAACCGGCACUCGAGCUGCUCGGGGCGGUUGAGAGGGGCGAUACUUUCACCCAGCUCCGCCAGAUCCGGCUUGUCUUUGAUCUCGAUUCGGUAAUUGCCAAAGACCUUGGCCUCGUUCUUAAUUCGCCGGAUACGACAUUGGCUGUUUUGUUCCAGUCGCGUGAAACCAAUAUCUUCGCCCUCGGCCCUGCGGUGAACACCCCAAAUCGGAAAAUGCCCGCUCUUUGCUCCCGGGUUUACGCAGAGGACAUCCGUGGAAGGUGGCUUGAAUUGAGAGGGGCUGCUUCGCGCAGGGACCUUAACUCUCGGGAUCCAAAUAGACUGAUCCACCCACCGACAAUGAGCUCGAGAUAUCGCGACGAGGCGGUUGAGUAUCUGGUCUGA